GGGCGCGAGAGACAUGCGCUGCUGCCCCGAUUCUACAAGCUCGCAGCAGGACCGCGAGCUCCAAAGGUCUCCUUCGACUAUGAGCUCACAGUGCUUAUGAGCCAUCUUCCCUCGCUUCUAAGGGGCAUAUGUUGAAAUCGAAAAAAAGUCAUUUUACAAACUGUAAUAACAAAUAAAUAGGACGCAGAAGUUGAAGAGACACAAGCUCCAAAAUAUGCAGCUUGUUUGGGUGCUUUGCGGCAUUCUCCUGACUGUGUUGUUGUGCGGUCAAGCAGGAGCAGCUGGCAGCACAGGAUGCUCCUGUGGCCGAAAUCACUUUACCUGUGCGGUGAGUGCUUUUGGGGAGUGCACCUGUAUCCCAGCGCAGUGGCAGUGUGAUGGGGACAAUGACUGCGGAGACCACAGCGAUGAGGAUGGCUGUAUGCUGCCCACCUGUUCCCCCCUGGACUUCCACUGCGACAACGGCAAAUGCAUCCGCCGCUCGUGGGUGUGUGAUGGAGACAACGACUGCGAGGACGACUCUGAUGAACAGGACUGCCCUCCACGGGAAUGCGAGGAGGACGAGUUCCACUGUCAGAAUGGCUACUGCAUUCGCAGCCUGUGGCACUGUGACGGUGACAACGACUGCGGGGACAAUAGCGACGAACAGUGCGACAUGAGGAAAUGUUCGGACAAAGAGUUCCGCUGCACCGAUGGGAGCUGCAUCGCCGAGCACUGGUACUGUGAUGGUGACACGGACUGCAAGGACGGCUCGGAUGAGGAAAACUGCCCGUCGGAUGUGAUGACUGCCACAUGCAGCGUGGAGGAGUUCCAAUGUGCCUAUGGCCGCUGUAUCCUGGAUAUCUACCACUGCGACGGGGACGAUGACUGCGGGGAUUGGUCCGACGAGUCUGACUGCUCCUCCCACCAGCCUUGCCGCUCAGUGGAGUUCAUGUGCAGCAGUGGCAUGUGCGUCAACGCUGGCUGGAGGUGUGAUGGCGAGUUUGACUGCGAUGACCAAUCUGAUGAGAAGAACUGCACCACCUCCAUGUGUACCACUGAACAGUUCCGCUGUGCAUCUGGCCGCUGUGUCCGGCUGUCAUGGCGAUGUGAUGGCGAAGAUGACUGCUCUGAUGGCAGUGACGAAGACGGCUGUGAAAAAACAGACAUGCCACUGCCAGAUAACCCACCCUGCGCCCCUGACCAAUUCCUGUGUGGGAAUGGGCGCUGCAUUGGUCUACGGAAGGUGUGCAAUGAGGUCAGCGACUGUGGUGAUGGCACAGACGAGAGGCCUAUCCAGGAAUGCCGUCAACGGUCUGGUGACGGGAACUGCAAUACGAAUAACGGUGGCUGCUCCCAGAAGUGCCAAAUGACCCGUGGGCUCGUGCAGUGUACCUGUCAUACUGGCUACCGGUUGGCGGAAGAUGGGAGGUCUUGCGACGAUGUGGAUGAAUGUGCAGAGGAGGGCUACUGCAGUCAGGGCUGUACAAAUGCUGAGGGGGGCUUCCAGUGCUGGUGUGUGCAGGGGUAUGAGCUGAGACCUGACAAACGGAGCUGCAAGGCUUUGGGUCCAGAGCCAGUCCUGCUCUUUGCCAAUCGGAUCGAUAUCCGUCAGGUGCUGCCACACCGCUCGGAGUACACACUACUGCUCAAUAACCUUGAGAAUGCCAUUGCCCUUGACUUCCAUCACAGCAAGAAGCUUGUGUUCUGGUCUGACGUCACACUUGACCGCAUCAUGAAGGCCAACCUCAAUGGCAGCAAUGUGGAGGAGGUGGUGUCCACUGGCCUGGAGAGCCCAGGUGGCCUGGCCAUUGACUGGAUCCAUGACAAGUUGUACUGGACAGACUCGGGAACGUCUCGCAUCGAGGUGGCAAAUCUGGAUGGCACACACAGGAAAGUGCUGCUGUGGAAGAGCAUGGAGAAGCCGCGUGCCAUUGCCCUUCACCCCAUUGAAGGGAAGAUCUAUUGGACAGACUGGGGUAACACCCCACGUAUUGAGUAUGCCAACAUGGACGGCUCCAACCGGCGGGUUAUAGCAGACACCCACCUUUUCUGGCCCAAUGGGCUUACAAUCGACUAUGCCGGACACCGGAUGUACUGGGUGGAUGCCAAACAUCACGUGAUUGAGCGGGCGGACCUGGAUGGCAGGAACAGGAAAGCUGUCAUAAGUCAAGGCCUCCCCCAUCCCUUUGCCAUCACCGUCUUUGAGGACAGUCUUUACUGGACUGACUGGCACACUAAGAGCAUCAACAGCGCUAACAAGUUCACUGGCAAGAAUCAGGAGAUCAUCCGUAACAAGCUGCACUUCCCUAUGGACAUCCACACCCUGCACCCCCAGAGGCAGCCCACGGGAGGACGGAACCGCUGCGGGAGCAACAACGGGGGCUGCAGUCACCUGUGUCUGCCCAGCAAUAAGAGCUACACCUGUGCUUGUCCCACAGGCUUCAAGAAAAUAGACAACUUCAACUGUGCUGAGAGUCUUGACCAGUUCCUGCUUUUUGCCCGAAGGACGGACAUCCGUCGAAUCAGCUUUGACACAGAGGACAAGUCGGAUGAUGUCAUCCCACUGGCAGAUGUACGCAACGCCGUGGCACUGGACUGGGACGCUCAGGAUGAAUACAUCUACUGGACUGACGUCACCACUGACUCCAUCAACCGGGCCAAAUGGAACGGCUCAAAACAGGAGGUUGUUGUUGACACCAGUCUCGAAAGUCCUGCUGGCCUGGCUAUUGACUGGGUGACUAAUAAGCUGUACUGGACUGAUGCAGGAACAGACCGGAUUGAGGUGUCCAACGCUGAUGGCAGCAUGCGCACAGUGCUCAUCUGGGAGAACCUAGACCGACCUCGAGAUAUUGUGGUGGACCCCAUUGGAGGGUACAUGUACUGGACAGACUGGGGGGCUAACCCUAAGAUUGAAAGAGCUGGAAUGGAUGCCUCCAAUCGCAUUGUCAUCAUCUCUUCCAACCUAACGUGGCCUAAUGGCCUGGCCAUUGACUACCAGACAGAGAGGCUGUACUGGGCUGAUGCUGGUAUGAAGACCAUAGAGUAUGGAAACUUUGAUGGAUCAGAGAGAAAGGUUUUGAUUGGCACUCAGCUUCCCCACCCAUUUGGUCUAACGCUCCACGAAAGCAGGAUCUACUGGACAGACUGGCAGUCCAAGAGUAUCCAGAGUGCAGACAAACAGACUGGCCUGGAUCGCACCACGCUGGCUGAGAACCUGGAGAAUCUGAUGGACAUCCACAUGUUUCACCGACACCGCACCUUUGUGCAGACCCCCUGCAUGGUGAAUAAUGGAGGCUGCAGUCAUCUCUGUCUUCUGGCUCCACCCCCAAAGGGUUCCAGCUGCGCUUGUCCCACAGGCAUCAACCUCCAGGUGGAUGGCAAGAGCUGCUCUCACGGAAUGAACAGAUUCCUGAUCUUUGCUCGGAGGACAGACAUCCGCAUGGUGUCCUUGGAUAUUCCCUACUUUGCAGAUGUGGUCCUUCCAAUGAAUGGGUCCAUGAAAAACACCAUUGCCAUUGGUGUGGACCCAAAAGAAGGUAAAGUGUACUGGUCUGACAGCACUUUGAAGAAGGUCAGCAGAGCAAGUAUUGAUGGCAGCGAGUAUGAGGAUAUUAUCUCAACUGGGCUGAUGACCACAGAUGGAUUGGCUGUGGAUGCUGUUGGCCGUAAGAUAUACUGGACUGACACUGGCACCAAUCGUAUUGAAGUAGCUAAUUUGAAUGGAUCCAUGAGAAAAGUUCUGAUCUGGCAGAACCUGGACAGCCCACGGGCCAUUGCACUCUAUCAUGAAAUGGGGUACAUGUACUGGAGUGACUGGGGAGAGCAUGCAAAACUGGAGCGGUCUGGCAUGGAUGGAUCCGAUAGGGUUGUCUUGAUUAGCAAUAACUUAGGCUGGCCAAACGGCCUAGCCAUUGACAAGGCUGGAUCUCAGCUUCUUUGGGCUGAUGCUCACACUGAGCGUAUUGAGGCAUCCGACCUGAAUGGAGCCAACCGACGGACUCUGGUGUCACCAGUCCAGCAUCCUUAUGGGCUCACCUUGUUGGGCCCACACAUCUACUGGACUGACUGGCAAAGUCGCAGCAUUCAGAGGGCAGACAAAACCACUGGUGGAAACAGUGUCAUUGUUCGGGGAAACCUGCCAGGCUUGAUGGACAUCCAGGCUGUUGACAGAGAGAGGCCCUUAGGCUUCAAUAAGUGUGGAUGGAAGAAUGGGGGCUGCAGCCACCUGUGCUUGCCCAACUCAAAUGGGACGUCUUGCGCCUGCCCCACGGGCAUCCUGCUGAAGGCUGACGGACGCUCGUGCGAAGAGAGCCCCGAGACCUACCUGCUCUUCUCUAACCGCGUCAGCAUCCGCCGCAUAUCCCUGGACACCAACGAUUACACAGACGUUCACGUGCCUGUGCCUGAGCUCCACAACGUCAUCUCGCUGGACUACGACAGUGUGGAGGGGAAGGUGUAUUACACCGACGUGUCCCUGGAUGUCAUCAGACGUGCAAACCUGAACGGCAGCAACAUGGAGACAGUCAUCAGUCAGGGCCUGAAGACCACCGACGGCCUGGCUGUGGACUGGGUAGCUAGGAACAUGUACUGGACGGAUACGGGCCGCAACACCAUCGAGGUGGCCCGCCUGGACGGGUCCUCCCGCAAAGUGCUCAUCAAUAACAGCCUGGAUGAACCCAGGGCCAUCGCUGUGUUUCCUAGCAAAGGGUACCUAUUCUGGACAGACUGGGGCCACAUUGCCAAGAUUGAGAGAGCACAUUUGGAUGGUUCCGACCGCAAGGUUCUGAUCAACACCGACCUCGGAUGGCCCAAUGGACUGACGUUAGACUAUGACACACGCAGAAUUUUCUGGGUGGAUGCCCAUCUGGACCGUAUUGAAAGCUCGGACCUGAAUGGGAAACUUCGCCAGAUUCUUGUCAGCCCGGUUUCCCACCCAUUUGCCCUCACGCAGCAAGAUCGCUGGAUUUACUGGACGGACUGGCAAACCAAGUCUAUUCAGCGCGUAGAUAAGCACACGGGGCGCAGCAAGGAGACGGUUCUGGCAAAUGUAGAGGGAUUAAUGGACAUCAUUGUGGUGUCGCCACAGCGGCAGGCUGGCACCAACCACUGUGGUGUGAACAAUGGUGGCUGCACUCAUCUCUGCUUUGCUAAGGGCAACAGCUUUGUCUGUGCGUGUCCUGAUGAGCCGGACAGCAGGCCCUGCUCCACCAUUUCAGGUUAUGUCCCUACUGCUGCUGGCAGUGGCACCACAAGCACCGCGCCGCCUAAGGUUGCCACAGACAAAACGCGAUCAAGCCCUCCGAUGGUCAACUGUACGGAUAAGAACCUGAGCCUGGGUGCAUGUGUGAAGAGCAAUGUGAUAACUGUCCCAGAUGGGGAAGGCCUACAUAUCAGCUAUGUUAUUGGAGGAGCUCUGACUAUCUUGGCUAUCCUGAUUCUCAUUGUAGCUUUCAUAAUUUACAGACACAAGAAAUCAAAGUUUGCUGACCCAGGAGUGAGUAACCUGACCUACAGCAAUCCCUCAUACAGAACAUCAACGCAAGAGGUCAAAAUUGAAACUGUGCAAAAGCCUCCUAUUUAUAACCAGCUCCGAUAUAAGAAAGAGACCUGCAACGACAACAGCUACACUAAGGAGAAGAUCAAGAUAGUGGAGGGAAUCUGUCUGCUGUCCAGCGACGAGCUUUACUGGGAGGACAUUAAGCAGAUCAAGCCGACACGGGGCGGCCUCCACGUGUGCAUGAAAACGGACACCGUGUCUCUCCAGGCAAGCAGCGGCUCUCUGGAUGACACAGAGACGGAGCAGCUCUUGCAGGAGGAGCAAUCGGAGUGUUCCAGCAUCAACACAGCCCCUGUCGCCACACCCGAGCGCCACGCAGUCCUGCCCGACACCGGCUGGGCCCAACCCUGCAAACCAUCCACCGAGAGCGAGGUCUGAGUGCCUCAGCAUGUCUCAACCCACGCAACGCCGAAAAAUUGGUCACGCCACCAUCUUCCCUCAACUCACGCUGCGCUCCUCCGCAUACCGGCUCACUGCUGCCCCCUUCAGGCAAGAGACUGACACAGUGAGGAAUUACCUGGCGGGAGAAAGGGUCAGUGAGAAAAUAUUUUUGAGGAAGGUAACAAAAGAAUCUGCAUCUGUUUUUAGAAAGAAAGGAAAAAAAAAAAAAAAAAAGUCUUAUUGGACUCCUUUUUGAGUAAAAUGUCACCUUUUUGUGAACUUUUAAAUAAAAGGUUUUAAAAUUUCUUCUGGGACUGAGUAACAAAUUGCUCUUUGCCACUUGUGUCGUUAUAAAGUCUAUUUAUGAACUUUUGUACUUUUUGAGUGAUUUGUUGAUGUAAAAAGUGGUGAAAAUUACAAAACCUUCACAGAUCAGUAAUGUACAACUAUGAUAUAUAUUUAUGUCAGUGCCAAAGGGCAGAGCUAUUCUCUCAGUCAAGGCCUACUUGUUUAUCUCCGUUAAGGGUGUUUACAGAGAAACUAUAGUGUUCUGUGUAAUACAGUACUCUGCUAAGGUAGGAGAGCAAUGAUUUUGUUUUUCUGCUUUCUUUCAAGAAAAUACAUGGGCUUUUAAAGCAGUCCGUAACAGCAUUUUGUGUUUCGUUUAGUCGGUUAACAGAUUUAAAAUGCGAAGAAUAAUUUAAAAUGGCUGUUCUGCUUAUUGAGUAGGCUUUUUUAAUGAAGUAUAAGUGCCAAAUAUUCUGUUGCGUCUACUUAUCAAAACUUGUUAAAUAUGCUAAAACAGUGCUUAAACUUCCUUAAAACAUUAUAUCCCUCAGCGCAUACGUAAAGCACCAACCUCUUUCAGCCUUUCACUCUACCAUAGAUAUUUAGUUAAACGUGAGCUUUUGUCUCUGCGAUUGAAUUUACUAUGCUUAGACAUCACUGGAACUGCAAGAGCUUUAUUCCUACAGCAAUAAAGACGAGUGAAAAUGUUCAGCCAAGGAAACCAGCAUUUAUCGUAGAGAUAAAUCAGUUUUGAAAUGACAUUUUGUUUGGAAUAUAAUUGAAACAUGCACCAUAAAUUGUUUUGUAGUUAUGAAAACUACCUUUUAAAUUUGUGAAUUUUUGGGGAUGCUGUUAAAUGAUUUUAAUGCGAUCAAUCUCUUAUGUAUAAAAUGACAGCCGCAAAAAUGCUUACGAUGUCAUGACUAAUUGCGAGUUUUCAAAACCAUGUACCUUGAAGUAAUUUCAACGAGUUCAGCAACAUGCUGAUUUGCUGCUAAAAAAAAAAAAAAAAAAAACUUAAAAAAAAAAUAGCACUGAGGUCCACAGCUCAUGGUCCUGGCAGCUAUUUAACCUAAGGUCUCUGUGCGUUGGCUCGCACAUGCACAGAACAUCAGUCUAAUGCUUUAUUCAUCUGUAACACUAACCAAACCCAUUUCUACUCUCACAUAAAGGUUACUAACAGCCUUGUGUAGAUGUCACUACAAAAGACUUUAAUUUUUGAAAAUAUCUUGUGUUUAUUUUAUUGUAUAGAGUUUUUGUAUAA